CGCAGACGUGGCAGUCGUCGUGGGUCGACAUGGCGGGUAGUUUGCUGUUUUAACACUGAGAUCCAUCUACCAGUAUGAAAAAACAUUCUCUAUCUGGUAUAGAGGGUGAAAUAUGAUCGGAGGACUCGUUGGUUCUCUUGCCGAGGGAUUGAUUGCCCAGGUGUACCCCACACUGGCGAUGCGGGGUAGAAUCUACCCUCGGGGAAAGCCCGAUGCCCUCAUAUAUACCUUGACAGAACACUUCCUGUCACCAUUUCGAACCACUGACACAAAGCAAAUGGAAGAAAAAUGGCAGACUACAACCAAGUCAGCGGCCGACUUGCCCUCAUCACAGGUGCAUCUGGCGGAAUCGGCUCCGCCUGCGCACACCAACUAGCCAGCAAAAACAUCCAUCUAGCACUAACCUACCACAGCAACGCCAGCGCCAUCGAAACCCUCGCAACCACCCUCCGCAAAACGCACAACACCCUGCGCAUCACAACCCACCAAGUGGACAUGGCAUCCGCAUCGCAGAUCGAGACCCUCUUCGCCGAGAUCGACGCCCAGCACGGCCAGCGACCCGAUAUCCUGAUCGCCAACGCAGGGCACGGCAAGCGCGUUCCCCAAGUGUGGGACAUCUCACUGGAAGAGUUCGACCACACGGUGGAGGUGAACAUGCGGGCGGCGUUUAUCCUCGUCAAGGGCGUCGUCGAGCAUAUGAAGGGUCAGCGGUGGGGGAGGAUCGUGUUCAUGUCAUCUAUUGCGGGGUAUGGAGGGGGGAUAAAUGGGUGUCACUACGCAGCAUCCAAAGCCGGCCUAACAGGCAUGAUGAAGAACCUCUCCACGCGCCUCGCAGAACACAACAUCAGCGUCAACGACGUCGCGCCGGCCAUGAUCGGCGACACGGGCAUGAUCCCCAACGCGCAGGCGAUCCCCGAGGUGGCGGCGGGGAUUCCGCUGGGGCGGUUGGGGACGCCGGGUGAGGUGGCUAAUGUGGUGAGCAUGCUUGUUGAGACGGGGUAUAUGACGGGGCAGAGUUUGUUGCUUGCUGGGGGGUUGAAGUGAUUUAUUCAUUGUAUCAUCU